ACGAGUGGACGAAAGACGCCAACAACGCUGUCGUAUGCCAUCGUGUUUCAGUUCGGUCAGCGACGUACUGCUCGCAGUAUCGAAACGUCUGGUGCUUUCUUUCUUCCGCUUUCGCUAUCUUUUUCUCUUCCCUCUCGUAUCUCGUGCUGCAGUGUACAUAUAUGCAUGCUGUUACAGGCAGCCGAACACGAGCACAUUCUGUGUCGCAUGUGUAUGUGUACGCGCGUAUAUGUGCGUCUCUGUUCCUCCGUCUUUUUUGUACACACAUACGCGUGUACGUAUACGUCCAUUCCUUUCUAUUAUAUCGUUCUCUUUUCAUCGAGAAAUCGAAAUAUCACGCAUAAUACCGACAAAAAAUGUGUAAGAUUAGUGGAUAGAAGAGAAGGAGAACACAAAAGUAAAAGAGAGAAAAGAAGAAGAAAACGACGUUCAUCGAGGUUCCUAAGCAAACGCGCCGUUUUGACAGCACACACAGAAGCAGGAACAGGGCAACGGCCCAGACGGUUUCCCAGCGUCUUUCUUGGAUUCUCUUUCCCUUUCUCGUCGUGCCGGUCGAAGCUUCCUCAUCGUUUCUUCUGUCCCUCUUUUUCUUCCGAACAUUUACGAGAAAAAAGAUCGAUUGCCUCCAGCAGCCUUUUUUCAACCUUCUCAACGAGCAGAAAAUCAUAUUUUAUACGCAUCGGUCUUUGGCAGACAGGAAGUAGAAUCAGCAACAACGACGACGACGACUCCAAAGUUACGGGGAACCAAUAGAAAGAUGUCUCGUGCUCAUCACAGUUUGCUCUGGAUCGUUAAUGCCUACCAUAAAGCUUGAUUCUUUCGCAUACUUGAAACUUGGCUGUCGGCAACCAUUUAUGAAUGGAUCUUGGAGAUUUUGAAAGAUGGUGGAAGGAUCCAGGGAUCGCCGUUUGGAGUUUCGUACUCUUUGGCUGUUUCCUUCUCAACGCGAUCCUCUUCCUCGCCUUUCUCAUACGACCCGGAUUGCGGACGAUUUCGAACAGAUUCGUGAUGAAUUUGACCGUCUCGAACCUGCUAAUCUCUGCGCUACUGAAUCCUCUCUUGAUCAUGGAUGCCUUACCAACAUCCAAGUCCGACUCGUCGCCCUUAUCAGCGGAAAGUAUCUGCGCGAUAUCAGAAGGUGCAACGGCUCUCAUGACGACGUCGUCGGUGUUAUCGGUCUUCCUUAUAGCCAUAGAUCAAUACUUCGCCGUGGUGGAUCCCUUGAGAUAUCGCGCAAAAGUCGACAAACUAAAAUCUGGGAUCUUAAUAAUUUCAGUUUGGCUCAUCUCUUCGAUAUUUGCUCUUUUGGCCUUCUUAAAUCCAAAUCCUCGUAGCCUUUGGCUAUCUUGUAAUCUACAGUCGAUAUCGACUACUUAUCUAUCUCGAAAUUCGUCCAUAAAUUUGCAAAGCAACUCGAGCUUUGGCAUCAUCAAGAAUAAUACUGCCGACAUAGAAACAGAAUGGAUCGAAUUUGUCGAUUAUGCUCCGAACGAAAGUUCAAUGACCUAUGGUACAAUUUACACGGUGGUGCACAGUAUAUUCGCCUACCUCUUACCGUUUACCUGUGUCUGCUGGAUUUACGUAAAAAUCUAUUCUGCGGCGCAUAGGAAUUCGGAAAGAACAAGAAGAACUGGUUCCAGGCCAAUACUUUCGUCGGCAAGUUUUUGCGAAGAUCAAAAAUCGCAGCAACAACAGCACCAACAAGUAGACAAUUUCGUGGAGGAUUUUAGAAGAAUACCUAAAAUUUCGAGUCUCUCGUCGAUUGAUGAAACUAGUGAAACGACUCAACCGGCGGGAAGCCAAGUGCCUCGAGGACGUUCCUUUUCGUCGGCUUUAGAUAUUCACUCGACUAAUCUUCCUUCCACUAACGAGGCUUCUUCGUCUGGCACUGUUGUAUUUACCGUAGGUCCUGAUACUGACGAGUGCUCUCAUCACGAGGAAAACGAAAAAAACAUAUCCAACAAAUCAAAUCUUCCUAUCUCGACGCAGAAGGCUGAGUUUAUGGAGAAGGACGAAAUAACUACCCAGCUGUAUCCGGAUCCUACCAAGUAUGACCUCGUUAAGAGUCGGUUUCUGGAUCGACCUGAUCAGAGAAGGAAAUUGUCGCAUAAUCUUAUGUACGAUCAGAUGUUGUUGCAAGAAGGCACGAGAGGUUCUUGGCUCAACAAUGACGGUAUAACCGAUUUGAGGAAUUCGGAUACGGAAGAGGAUUUUUCUUCCGAACAUUUUCGCCCCGCUAUCGAAGACGAGGCCUGUCGUCAACAAAAACCCAUAUACCUUUCACCUUAUUCGACCUACGAAACUGCCUUAAAUCGUAACGAAGAAAAAGACGGCACAGAAGUAGAUGGUAUAUACACUACUCAAAGUUUGAGAAUUAAUGAGACUUUUGUUCGAACCAAAGAUCGUGGAAACACCGAGGAGUCUGAUAGAAACAAAUUCGAACGAUCAACAAAUAGAAAACAUUACGAUGGAUUACCUUCAGAUUUCGAAAUAACCGAGGUGAUUGUCGACAACUGCGAUGUCUUCAACGUAGAAAAUACUGGAAAGCCCACGGAAAUAGUGAUGAACGGUGCCAACACCGAAACAUCGGCCUGUCUCUUGACACCUAUUGUAACGAUCACGCCAGCUCCUAACAAAAGCUCCACCUUGCAUCGAGUUGCCAGUGUCAAAAGUACUUCCAGUUACAUAAAUUCUCUUAAGUACAGAAUCAGUAAUGGUUCGUUAUUCAGAUAUCGAGAGGAGACUAGAGCCGCUAGGAUAAGCGCUUUAGUCAUAGUGAUGGGCUUGAUCUGUUGGUCUCCAUAUGAGAUAUUAUUGCUUCUGAAGAAUCUUCCGCCUUACAACGAUCGACGAAUCGCUCACGAGUACGAUGUGACGGCGCUAUGUUUUCUUGUUUUGGCUGCUUACGUAAGUCCGUUGCUUUUUGGUUAUCGUUCAAAGAGAGUGAAAAGAGAGCUGAGAAAGUUCUUUUGUUUCAAAAAGGAACUAUCCUACAAAAAUAAUAGAAGCCUUAUGGCGAAGAAAGUUUUAAAGAGACGUCACAGUAACACGUUCAGCAACAUGGAGUUGGAGAAUCGCUACAACAUCUUCAAUUGUGUCUAUGGGAGAAAUCGUUGGCCUAAGGAAAAAGUGCAAUUCGUUCAGGUGCCAGAUACCGCUUUGGCGGUGGAAACCUGCAGAAGUAGCUUUUCUAGUGGCGCGAGUACACAAAUUUCGAGCACAUCCACGGACGAUUGUUAAUACGGCAUUAUUGUACAUUAAUUCAAUCAUUCGGUCUACAGUGUUCUUUGGGAAAGCUCGCCAAUGAAUCAAUCUUCGUGCAAUCGACGAGUUUCAACUUUCUUUUUCGAAUACGCUCGAGUGUUGUAGAUCGUAUACAAGUAACUAAAUAUACGGAGGGCUGUCGCAAAAAGCAGAGAUAUACGAAUCAACGUCAAACGUAUUAAAAGUAGUUCAUAAUCCAUAGGAGGUAACUUUGUUUUCGAACGUUUAUACAAGAUGAGUCACCCGAAUGAAAAUUCUCAAUAUUUGCCUUAUUUAUUAGCCUUACGAAAAAGAAUAUAAGGAAAAAUAGAAAUUAUUUUUUCUUAUCGUUAUAUUUGUUAUUCAAUAAGCGACAAAGAUAUUGUGAAGAUUCUAUUUAAAUGACUCAUUUUAUAUACGUGUGUAAAUACUUACUCGUUCGAUGGAUGUAUUUAUUAUUCACUUUUGUCUCUUCUGUAUACCUCAAACUAAAAUUUGAUAAGUAAAAAUGGAUGAUCAUGUGAUUUAUGGUAUAUUUGUGACUCACGUAUGCGGUCUAUUUGAUGAAUACAUUUGUAUGUACGAAGUAUUCAUCUUUGUCAAAAGGAUAAGAGAAGACAAAACAAAAAAUAUUAUCAAAAGUAUUUCGCGUAACGACAACAAUCGUAUCGCCAGUAUUACAAUUUGUUUCUCGAGAUAGCUGUAAUCAUGAUUGUAAUUGUACUUGAGAAUGAGCAUGGCUUCUUUCUUUACACUUUACGCUUAUUCGCGAAUGUUCAUAUCGACAUUUAUGCGAUUCACUCUCUAAUCUAUUGUACUAUUUUACUAUUUAAUAUUAUCGGUACAUAUAUUCUAUGUUCAUCUUUCAGUGUACAUUUUUUAACUAGUUAUAUACGCCUGUUAGCGUAUAUUCAUCCACGGGAAAAUAUGAGAAGAUAUUUUUUACAAAAGCGUGUAUGUGCGCAUACCCCUGCUCACUUUUAUUAUGUAAAUAUGUAUGUACACAAUCAGCAUUUCAUGACAAAUUACGAAUUUACGCCUUGGUUUAGUGGGUCGAGGAUUUAAACUAUACUACGAAUAUGUUAUUGUUUUGUACAUUACAAGUAUACCUCUUUUAUUUAUAUUAAAUAAUCGCUGUAAAUAAUAUUACGAUCAAAUUCGCAACUGUUUCGUUCCGAUCCUAACCGUUUCGGUAAUUCGGUAACGCGUUAUGUAAUAGUUUUUUAAUUGUCGAGGUCAUUGUCUCUUUAAUUUUUUAAGAUGUAAUUCCAUUAAUUGUGUAUGUCGUUUAUCUCGUGUUUUUUUUUUGUUUUUAUAUGGCCCGAAAUUCGAUUUUCGGACGUUGUCGUUAUCGUCUUAACAAUGUGAUAAUAAAAUAAUACUAAUAAUAAUG